AUCAGCUGAUUUGGUCACAUGACCUUCGCUAACAUGCAGCUAGCCUCCUAGCACAACAGCAGAGAUAGCAGGAGUGUAAAUAGUCCUCCGUUUUGGGGCAAAACGACACAAAGAAAUGACUCCAGUCUCCCCCUGGGCUUCAUGGCAGUGACGGAGCGUGUGCACUUGUGACGGCUGAGCGGAUUGGAGGAGGGUCUCGGUGACAGUGGUCAUGCAUCCCUUCGGCUGCGAGGCGGAGACCUCCCUGCAGGAGCUGUUUGAGUAUUUUAAGAGAUGCCUGCAGCACGGGGAGUGGGAGCUGGCCAACGCCUGCGUCCCUCAGCUGGUCAGCUCCACGGGGGGGCUCUCAGAGAAACUGCGAGACAUAAUCAAAGCCAUCGUCAGCCACCCGUACAACUUAAAAUGGGAGUCUGUGGGCAGUCCGCACAAACUGGCUUGGUUUUGGCUUCAGGUGUUGGAGAAAUGGACAGGCGAGCAGGUUCCUCCGGACGUCAGGAGAGAGCUGGAGUUCCUGCUGCUCCUGGAGGAACUCGGCUCAGAAAACAUACCAGAGACUGUCCUCAAGGAGUUGCACCGGGCCUUUCUGAACUCGCAGUCGGAGCAAAAACCUCCGGAGGGUCAAAGGUCAACAGACGCCGCGGUCGAGUCCUGCCUGCGGACGUUACUGGAGAAGAAGAAGCCCAGACUCGCCCAGACCUUAGCACAUUUCUUACAGUGUUCCUCAGAGGAGCGUCCGCUGCAGCUCACCUUCAUCCAACACCUGCUGCAGCAGCUGAGGAAACCGGAGUCUCGGCCUGAGAAGGUGGAGCAGUUUGUGGAGGAAAUGUACUCUGUGUUGUCCGUGAUGCCGUGGAGCUCCAGGAGGGCGGGCGGGGGUCAGCUGGAGGCCCUGUGCGAGGCCCUGUGGGGGGCCAGAGACGGGCCCCUGAAGGAGGAGAGGGUCCUGGGCUCGCUGCUCCGCCCUCAGGGGGACGACCUCGUCUCCGUGUACUGCUCCGUCGCCCUGAGGCUCCAGAGGGACCACCUGCUGAGGAGCGCCCCUCUAACUCAAGUGGAGCUUCCUGAAGCGGAGAAGCUGGCCCUCAGUUUGUGUUGCCACAAGGAUCGCCCGUCCAUCUGGAAGACCAUUUACUUCGAGUGCCUGAGCAGUGGGAAGCACUUCCUGGAGCAGGUCUUGAUCACGGCUCUGGACCUGAUCAAACACGAGGAGUUUUCUGCGCUGAGAGAUUUACUUCAGCUGGAGUUUCAGCCUCUCUCUCGCCUGCUGUUGCUCCUGGGAUGGACGCAGUGUCGCAGCCUGAGCGCCGCCCAAACGCUGCUCAGCGUCCUGCACCGAGAGCAGGCUGCAGCCAAUGACUCCGUUCUGCAGGAGUUUUCCAACCUGUUGUCCUCUCAGCUUGGAGUCCUUGAAUGGUGUAAAAACAACAAUCCAGGGAUUUCCAUGGAGUCGUUGCUGGCUCAGCUUCACACUCUGGACCAUCACUCCGCUCUCUAUAUCCUGCACUCCCUCACUCCUCUUCCUCAGUUUGAGGAGCGCAGGAUACUGGAUCUGCUGCAGCAGCAGCCAAACUCACCUGCACCAGAAGACGCUGCGGCCGUCAGUAAUCUGAGUUCUGGUGUGCAGAGGAACAUCGUUUUGUUCCAGGGGUUUUGUGCCAUGAAGUAUGCCGUCUACGCUCUGUGUGUGAACGCUCAUAAACACUCUCACUGUGCCGAGUGUGAGUCCGUGCAGCAGCAGACGUCUGACACAGAAACAGAAGACAAGCAAACCCCUGCUUCCUCAGACGGUCUUCCUCUUCUGUUCCAGCACUUCCUGUCUGAAUGUCAGCUCCACCUGCAGGCCGUUCCCUCCAUCCUCCGCCUGGAGCUCCUGGAGAACAUCUUCUCUCUUCUCUUCCUCUCCACCGCCGACUUCUCCCCACACAUCCAUAAAGACUCAAACUCAAGCCCUCUCAAGGGGAAUGCAUCUCAGUCUGAAUGCUUAUCAGAAACUAGAAACACAGAUGAAGAACUAGGAGCUAAAGAGAAGCAGAAGCUGCCUAAAUGUAAUCACCUGGAGCUGGGACACUUCAUCCAGAGCUGCAGGGGGUUCCUGGCUGACGUGACGGCCAUGACAGGCUUUUUGAAGCUUCUGAAGGAAGGGUUGGAGGGCAUGAGUGUGGAGGAGCUGCAGGAUGGGAAGGAGACCACUGAGGGUCUCGGAUGCUCCAUAACGGCGGAGACUUUUGCGGCUCGUCUGCAGAGGUUAUCCAAACGCACCGCCGAGGCUCAGUGGAGGCUGCAGAUCAUCAGCAGCAACCAGAGCAGCGGUGCAGGUUCAGACGUUCCUCUCCAGGUUUCAGCGCUCCGCUCUCCCGUCUCGUCUCCGAGUCGCAGCAAGAGCUCGAGUCUGAGGAGGAGGAAGAGAGCGGGGAGACAAAACUCUGUGGAGAAACACAACGGAGAAGUGAGCCCCAGCGCUUCAGAGGGUGGAGGGGGGAGUGUGGAGCUGGAGGUUUGUCCGUGUGGAGGUCCUCACAGCUGGCUGGUCCCCGCCAUGCUGUCGCCCCCAGAGUCUCUCCUCAUGUCCUGCAUCCGCAGAGGGAACUUCAUGGAGGCUCAUCAGGUGUCUCUGGUGUUUGAUCUGGGGGCGUCUGCCUGCAGCGGGGAGCUGGUGUUCAUGGAGCGCUACAAAGAGGUGCUGGUGGAGCUGGGCCGGGUGGAGCAGAAGAUGGAGAGCCGCUCCAUGUCUUCAUCCUCCUCUUCCUCAGAGGGUCUGGGGUCAGCUGGAGGGAGGAUUCGGCUGGGCAGCAGUGGGAGAUCCACCCUGCAGGCCAUCGGGAGUGCUGCGGCUGCAGGUGUAGCUUUCUACUCCAUCUCAGACAUCGCAGAUCGCCUCCUCAGCACCCCGGCUCACCCCAUGCCCUCCCUGGAGGAAGGGUACUGGCUCAGCUUCUCCUCCUCUUCCUCCUCUGACUCCUCCACCCUCCUCCACUCCCUCCUGGAGGAGCUCAGCCCCCCCGCCAUGGCUGCCUUCGACCUGGCCUGCUGCCACUGCCAGCUGUGGAAGACGUCCCGGCAGCUGCUGGACACGGCGGAGAGAAGACUCAGCAGCAGCCUGGAGGCUAGAGGAGUGAGAUCGGACGCUAAGGCGCCCCACUCUGAGGGGAUCCGAGGAUUUCCCACAGUGCUUCAUCAGAUCAACAAGAUCCUCAAUCAUCCCGCCACCAACAAGAGCUCCGGCAAAUCAGAUGUUGGUGAGGACCCGGUGUUCUCCGGCCCGUUUGGAUGCAGCACGCAGGAAGUUCUGCUGAGUUGUUACCCGGCGCUGAGCGAGGAAUGCAUCGCUGCUCGACUCGCUCUGACGCAGCGCUUGGAGACGACGCUGAACAUCUUGAGCACGGCCACAGAGGGCACAGAGGGCAUUGUGGGUAGCGCUCUCCUGGCUCAGCUGGUAGAGCAGGCGGGUCUGAAGCAGGCGGAGCUGGAUAAUCACCCUGUUCGCUGCAGCAUGAAGCAGCUUCUCCGCUCUCUGGACCAGCUCUGCCCCUUCGAGCCCGACGGAGAUCCAGCCAGACCCGACUACGUGAGAAGUUUCCUCGACUACGUCAACACGCUGGCGUCUGUGUUGGUGCGCAGCCUCGGAUCAGAAGAUCAGAGCAGUGAAGUGAAGCUGGGGAAUCCUCUGCUGGUGUUGCUUCAGACCCCGUUCCAGCUUUUCUCCCACCUGCUGUUUGACAGACAGGUGUCUCCGGACAGAGUUCUGUCCUUGCUGCAGCAGGAGCGUCUGCGUCUGAGCGUCCAGCAGGUGAUCGUGCAGAGAUGCUGUGAGGCUCUUCCUGUGUGGGUCUCCAGCUCCAGGGAUGUCUCCAGUCCCCAAAACAAAGACGGUGGAGUGUUUGGAGUCGCUAAUUUAUCACUCCUUCUCCAGCAGCACGCUCAGGAGCACAUGUCCACUCUGGGAAUCACAGAAACUCAGUCUGACGCCAGCUCUGAGUCUGAUGCCUCAGUGGAAGAGCCUUCCUCUGCACCCACUAACCUCUCCACCUCACCUCCUUCUUCUUCCUCCUCCUCCUCCUCUUCCUCCUCCACCGCAAGCUCCUUCCUCCUCACACCAUCAGCCCUGUCUUUCCUAAAGUCCCGCUCCCCACUACUGGCGACCUUGGCGUGUCUGAGCGCCUGUAAAGGAGAAACGGCUCGAUCACAACCCUCCGGAUGGUCGGGUUAUUUCCGCAGCAACCGGAAAGAAGUCGUGCUAGAUGGAGAGCAGAUUUCCCGGGAAGCAGACGCCCUCCUGAAGGAGUUCCCAAUCCUCCAGGCGUACCUCCAUACCAUGGCUGAACCCCUGCUGGGCUCCCUGGGUAAUGAAGGUGAGGACAGUGUAGGACUAGGGGCGGUUAAAACAAAUAGUGAGGACAGUGCAGGACUGGGGGCGCUUCUCUGUGGGAAACCCCUGGUCAGUCUGCUGCUGUCGGGGCCUCAGGAGGAAGUUUUCCAGGCUCUGGCAGCGGAAGCCUUCCAGAAAUCUCUCUCCUCCCGAGACCUGAGCCGAGCUCUCAGCCUGCUGGAGCUGUACGGGCAGCGCUGCAGCCAGCAGGGGGCGCUGAGGGACCGCCUGCUCGCCUGCGCCGCCUUAGAGGAUGGAGAUGCAGGGAUAAGUCAGCUGUUCCGGGUGCAGGAUGCAGAUCUGAGAGCUCGAGUUGCCCUGCAGGCUCUUCAUCGCUGGCCUCUGUCCGCCUGCCUCGAGCUGCUCGACUUCUGCCUCAACGACCCCGACACCGAGGCCUCGCUGAGGAACGACCUGGAGCUCAAGAAGAAACAACUGGACAUCUAUAAAUGGAUGUUGAAUUUGAAGCCUCCUCUGCCGUGGGCGACCUGGCAGGAGCUGAAGACCGAGUCCAAGACAAACUCUGAGACCAUUUUAUCUAAGAUGAUGGAGGCUAAAGAGUUUGCUCUGUGUGCUCAGUGGGUGGAUCUCUAUCCUGUUUCUGAUCGGCUGAAACUGAAGCUUCAGACGGAGCAUUUACUUCACCUGCUGGAGAAGGGACAGACGGAUGAAGCUUUCCAGUUGCUGGAGGGCCUCUCGGACUCUGCGUUGGGUCUGGAUGUGUGUGAGCGAGCUCUGGACCUCCGCCCCGGUCUGCCUGCAUGUCACUUCCUGGCCGACUUCCUCACUCUGCACUUCCAGAGGCAGGUGUCUCCGGCACGAAGACGCCACAUCCACGCCCUGCAUCUGGGCUCCAAGGUGUUGCUGACGCUGCCCUCGUCCGCCCGGCAGGAUUACUUCCCGCUGCUGUCGGAGCCGCUGCUGAUGCUGGAGCAGCUGCUGAUGAACCUGAAGGUGGACUGGGCGGAGGUGGCGGUGCGAACGCUGCGCAGCCUCGUGAUUGGUCAGGAGGCCGGCUUCAGCUCAGAGGACAUCGAUAAACUUCUGGCAGAAUACGGCGGCAAGGCGCUCGACUUCUCCUGCGCUCCCAGAGAGAGGAGCCGCUCAGACUCAGUGAUCAGCCUGCAGGACUCUCUGAUGCAGUGUCCGGCUCAGGACAGCAGCUCCCUAUCCUCCAGCAGGAUCGAAUCCCCAACACCUUCUACAGCCAGCACCCCCACACACACGCUCUCCUCUAACAGCAGCGACAGGGAGAAGGACCGCAGCUCCGCGGGGAAGAAACAUCGAUCCUCUGCAAAGUUCCAGCCUCCAGAACAACCCCCGGCCCGGAGAGACUGGGUCCCCGACACCAAGCAGCUCCUGUGCAUGGUCUGCCAGAGGGAGAGGUUCACCAUGUUCAACAGACGGCAUCACUGUCGCCGGUGCGGCCGUCUGGUUUGUCACGCCUGCUCGGAGCACAAGAUGCCGGUGGCAGGAUGUCCGGGAGAAGAGGAGGUCCGGGUCUGUGACCAGUGCUACGCCUACUUCCACCCAGAUUCUGACGAUGAGAUGGAACCAGCUGAAGACACAGGAAGUCCCGUGGUGACGGAGGAGACUUUAGACGGGAUGCUGCAUCUUCCCGAAGUGAUCCAACGACAGAUCCACCUGAGCACGAACUCUGCCGAGAACAAGCUGCUGCGGAGCGAGUUCUACUACGAACAGGCUCCCAGUGCGUUCCUGUGCGUGGCGCUGCUCUCUCUGCACAGCGAUCAGACGGCCUGCGGGCAUCAGCUGAUCAGCCAUUGCCGCUCUCUGUCUCGGAAACUGACAAACCCCGAGGUGGACGCCUGCCUGCUCACUGACAUCAUGAAGCAGCUGCUCUUCAGCGCAAAACUCAUGUUCGUCAAGGUGGGCCGCAGCCAGGACCUCGCACUGUGCGACAGCUACAUCAGCAAAGUAGACGUGCUGAAGAUUCUGGUGACGGCGAACUACAAAGAUAUUCCUUCUCUGGACGACAUCGUGGAGACUUCUGCCAUCACUCGCCUCCGUCAUCAGCUACUGGAGGCCGAGCACUACCAGCUGGCCGUGGAGGUGUCGACUAAGAGUGGUCUGGAGACGGGGGGUGUGUGGCAGGCGUGGGGGAUGGCCUGUCUGAAGGCAGGAAACCUCUCUGGAGCCAGGGAGAAGUUUUCCCGCUUCCUGAAGGCCCCUCUGGACCGGAACCAGCUGAACUUGGGGCCCUUACUGCUGCAGGAGGUGGUGCAGCACCUGGAGAACACCGUGCAGCUCAAUCUGAACUCGUCUCCAGGUGAGGACAUCCUGGCGUCCCUCAGGGAUCUGGAGGAGGCUCUGAGUGAGUCUUCGGGUCCUUCUGAUCGCAGCGAGGCUCCUCUGCAGGGCGUCCGGCAGCAGGAGUGUCUCUUCUACCUGAACACCUUCGGGACUCACCUGGCGCUCGUCAGCUUCUACAUGAGACACGACUGCAUGACGGAGGCGCUCACCUACCUGCUCAACAAGGAGUGCCCGGAUGAGGUGUUUCUGGAGGGUGUGUUGCAGCCCAGUCUGGAGAAAGGGCGGCUCGGCUCUCUGCAGAGCAUCAUGGAGAAACUGGACCCGGGUCUGGAGACCUGCAGCCGGUACCUCAUCGCCUCCUGCCAGUUCCUGCAGAGGAGAGGAUACUUCAACACCCUCUACCAGCUGCAGCAGUUCAUGACGGAUCACGUGCGUGCAGCCAUGACUUGUAUCAGAUUCUUCACUCAUGGAGCCACUUCCUACCUGCAGCUGGGAGAAAACCAGAGCUGGCUGGUCCGGGCCAAAGAGCACCUGAGGACGUUCCUGCAGGAGCAGCAGGGCCGGGGGGGCGGGAAGAGGAGGUCGCAGGUCAACUCCUUCAGGAAGAUGAUGUCCUCCAGCGACGUCUCCAGGCAUAUGAACACCAUCGAGCUGCAGCUGGAGGUGACUCGCUUCCUGCACCGCUGUGAGAGCGCCGUCUCUCCGAAGUCUCCUCGGACGGCAACAUUUUCCCCCAAAUCCCCCAGAGCCAGCGCCCCCCCCACCCUGUUCGGAGGAAGCCCCGUGAAGGUGGAGGUCGCCUGCAAGGUGAUGCUCGGAGGGAAAAACAUUGGAGGGUUUGGUAUCGCUUAUAGAGUCGUACAGGACUUCCAGCUGGAGGCCCAGGCGGUGUAUGUUCGUGCCGGGCAGAGACUCGUCCGGCAGCGGCAGUACGGCGCCGUGCGGCAGCUCCUGAAAUGUGUCGGGGAGUCGGGAACCGCCACCAAGAACGACUGCGACGCCCUGAUCCUCAGCUGCGUCUCCUUCGCAGAUAAGAGCCCGGCAGAUGCCAAGGAUCUGGAAAGCCUCAUUCUGGAGGCCAAGAGCACAGAAAGCAAGAUCAAAGCCUACCUGCUGUGCGGCAAGCUGCGCCCGGCGUACCUGCUGGCGGUGAAGCUGGAGGCGGGACGCGCCGGUCCUCUGGUGCAGGACGUCCUGCAGGCAGCAGAGGGAGUGCAGGACUCUGUGAUGCAGAACAUCUGCAGCCAGUGGCUCUCUGAGCACCACAGCAAGUCUGCUCAGCAGCGCCAGGCCCGACCCAGCGCCAGGUAGAGCAGGAUUCACACAGAACAGCACUUAAAAACUGAAGAGAGGAUCCAGGGUUAUAGAAACACGCUUUAUACUUUUUGGUGCUGUAAUAGUUGAUAUAGCACAUGUAAGGCCAUUAAAGUCAACGAUGUGAACUGAUGACCUAAACUACAUUUGGUGUCUAGCUCAAAUUUGACUUAUACCUGCAAAAGUUUCAAGGGACAGUUCACACCAAAAUAAUAAAUGCACAAUCCUUUCUCUUGCCUGAAGUGCUUUAUAUUUAUAUUAAUCUAAAUUUCAUGUAGGAACUAUUUUAUUUCAACACCUGAAAACCACAUGCGUGAAAACAUGGAUAGUUUUUGUAACCAGGUCAUGACUCUGGAGGUUAUACAAUAGAAAAAUACAUUUGAGAAAGACGGCAGGAAUGUCUUUUUCUAAGAUGUUCCACCAAAACUAUCUACAUUGAUAAAAAGCACCACAGGUGUUUAUUUGAAAGGUGUACUGUCCCUUUAAAUUCUCACUGAUCACUGUGAAACUAGGCGUGGUCUCAGGUGAAACACAAUCUGAUUUCCAGCCUGGAGUUGAGUUUCUCUUUGAGUAGAAACAUCUAGAAAACCCUGAUGAUCACUUCCUGUGUGCAGCCCUGAAACUGUCCAAUCACCACCGUGCUUUACUGCCAGUUUGCUUUUUAUCUCUCAUCUCCACUCUGUUUGAGAGGGAACAAUGUUACAACAACUAAUAGAUUCUUACACAUGACUGUAUUGGACGAAGAUUCAUCUCCUACCUCAGCAAAAAGGGAAAAUAUCUUUAACUGACUGGAAGGCCUCUGACGAAAUGUGUUUUCUGACUUUUGUUUUUGUUUAAUUUGUAUGUCUUUAUCGUUUCUGUGUGUGUGAAUUUACUCCGCAAUGAGAUGUCGUCCGCCAAGAACGGUACACGAAACUGAACAAAUGUUGUACUGUGUUUUUGUUAAUCCCCAUGAAGAUGUUUACUGUUUUACCUGAUGUUAUAUUGCACAUUUAAUGGCCAGCUUUCAGCGAUUAUUCGCUUUUUGGUAAGAGGAAUUCAUAUUUAAAUAAAUAAAAAUAAGUAUGUUUGAGAUGUUGAAUAUAGAAAGGGACCCCACUUCAAGAUCAUGUUAUCAAUCAAAUUGAUUUCUCAUUAUCUGGUUUUGAUUUCUCAUCUUGUGUGUCCUGUUUUUGGUAAGAGUGUGCCUAAUUUUAAAUCAUGCUUUACACUUUGUUAUAAUGUCCUAAACUCUAUAAAUCCACAAUGAUUAGUUUACAUAGUCAAUGAGGUUUAAAAAGAAAAGGGAUUCAACUUUUGCCAUAUGGUUUCUUUGGUGUUUAAUGUUGUUUUCUCACCCUAAGAAAGGUAACCGUGUUUUGAUCUAAUUUACACAACAAUCACCAUGUUGCAGAAACUGCCUUUUCAAGGAUGCGAGAUUAUGGAUGUGAGAUUAAUUUCUGAUGAUAUAAUCAAGGUCUUCUUUAUUUUGAUGAAGAUAAUGUGUCUCUUCCCUCUGCUGCACUAGACUGACGGAUGUUCCUGUGACAGUAAAGUCUAGUUGCCAGCCUAGUGAACCCGGACGAGUACCCCAACGUUUUAUGUUAGAAAUGUAUAGUACGGGUCCAGUGCAUGCCAACUUGAAAAUGUUUGGCAAUUCUCACAAUAAGCAUAAGUUCCAUUAAUUAGUAUAUGCAGACGUAGCUAAAAAAUGGCUUGCCGAUUUGGACAGUUUUUGUGUGUGGUUUGCUGAAGUUAUUGAGGAUGUUGAAUCAAUCAAAAAUUGUAGUUUUGAGUCCCGGAAAACUUUAAAUUGACUCAAAAAUAGCAAGUCUGUCUAUCACUAAGCAUAUUUACAAAUAUGGCCACUUUCUGGUUAAAAUUUCAAAAAUGGAUUCAACUUCCUCAAUACUCUCCAAAACUAUGUGUCCAAAUCGGCAAAGCCAUCCUAUAGCUAUUGUCAAUGCAACGCAAUUUAUGCGAAUUGCCCAACAUAUGCAAGUUAGCAUCCGGUCGUUUCUAUGUGCUGGGGACCCGUACUGUACAUUUCUAACAUAAAACGUUGAGGUACUCAACAUUUCGGGGUUCCCAAUAGGACUCUAUGAGCAGACAGACUAUUAAACGGAAAGAGAUGAAUGAAGACGUUCUUGCACUCUAAUCCUCCUGACUGUUGUUUGAUCACUGCCGCACUUUAAACUUAGUAAAUACACUUCUUUUGGUAAAAAAAUGAAUACAUCUAAUUCAGUUACUGCUUUGACGAUGCAGGUACAAAUGAUUUUGAAAUGUCAUUGAUUUCUUCAUCCCCCUGUAAAAUAACAUGUAAAGAUGAUAAUAAAUAUUUACAAAAAUGUGGAA